AAUUUUAGUCUGCUCAUCCCCUCCAAAAGCCUUCAGCCUGGAGCCGGCUCUUCAGGAAACCCUAGUAUUUGAGGGCACAACAUCCAGGUUCAAGGUCGGACAGCGGCUCUUAAGGGUGUAUCUCGGUUUCCUAACCAAGGAGUGUGAGCCCAGCAAAUUGGGGGUCAAAUUGGGAAGGGCUUCCUUCCCCUUAAUGCUUACCUCCUCCGUUUUGGAGGGAGGACCCUCCCGGGGUUCAGCGCAGACUUGAGCGCUCUGGCCUCAAUGAGUCCUCCUCAACUUGCGCUCCUUGUGGCGGCGCUAGCCUACGGCCUGCUUCCUGCCGGGGGGUGUAUCAUAUGUGAUCCGAGGAUCGUGGCGGCCCUAGACUCCUUGGAUACGGAAUACCUGUCUACCCACAUGGCACCCGAGCGUCGCAGGAAAGUGAUGGAAACGAUAAGACAAACCGUGAGGAAUUUCAAGGACCUGCCAGACUUACAGCCUCGCUUUAUGGGGGUUAUCGAUGAGGCCACAAUGAACACGGCAGUCAUGAGUUUUCUGAGGAGCGUGAAACCUAUCAUAAACAGUGGUUUAACAGGUGACAGUUUCAUGAGGGAGUUCUCCUGGAUGUUGACUUUGGAAAAGGAAGCAUUUCAGCACUAUAUUGAUCAGUUCCAAAAAGAAGAUUUAUGUCCUAACAAAUGUGGUACGAUGUUGCAGCGUCUGCUGUGGUGCAAUAACUGUGUCCAGGACAAUUACAUUUGUCGAAAGUCUAGAGAUUGCGGAGUGCGCCAAGUCAACGUCCAUGAGAAGGAAGACAUGAUCCUGGACUGUGAGCUCAACUGGCAUAAAUUAUCUCAAGGCCUGACCAGUUACAGUUUUUACAGGGUUUGGGGGAGCAAUUCUGAGACCUUGGUGUACAAGGGGAGACGGCCCACCCUGACCAAGCCUCUGGUGGGGCCAGAGGACGCAGGUACCUACCGCUGCGAGCUGGGCACGGUGCGAUCCGGCCCGGCCACGAUCAUCCAUUUUCAAGUCACAGUGUUGCCUCAAAGAAUUAUUGCCAAGACAAUGCCCAUGUCUUCAACCUUUGCAACCCGUGCCAAGGCUGAGGAGGAAAUCGGGGUCGACCUGUCCCCAACCCAAGAACCCUCAGAGUGUUCAAAGCCCGAGAGUGUGCAGAGAGGCCGUCUGAUAGGGCUGCUGAUCUGGUGCUUUUUGCUGCUGAUAAUAGGCUUUGUCACUGGUGUACUUUUCUUUCGAUAUGGGAUGAUGGUCGAUUCCAUAAACUCCUGGUUUGGCACCGACAAGGCAGCUGCAGCACAGGACUAAGUUCCAGAGACUCGGCUCUCACAGACCCGCUGUCACAGAUUCGGCUUUCAGAGAGCUAGGUUCUAGGGUACUAAUGGAAAGGCCACAGUACAAGGCGCAAAUAAAGAUUUAUUUGGAUGUCUA